UUAAAAAGAAAUCCAAACAAAUCGUUUCUUAAAUCUAUGGAAGUCUUAACACUUCAAGAGCAGCAACAAUUUAACGUAAAAAGUGUAACGAAGAAUAGACGUCACGCUUUCGUUAAAAAAAGAGGAUUUGACAAAUAUAACGCAGUGGCAGGGAAAGGAGAGGGCGACGACGUAGAGCAAGCCAAGAAUAAUAACAGUGACAUUGGUGCCAAAAGGCGGUCAAGACGAAGUGGUUACGAAAGGCGCCAACGAAACGUGAAGAGUGUCAACGUUAGUAAGGAUGGUGGUUCUGCCAAUUCUUCAAAUCAUUUUCGGCUACUCUACAAAUCACUUCUAACAAUUCAGACAGUUCGCUUAAUUCCAAUCAGUCCUGUUUUAUAGCCAGCUCAACAAACCUUAAUAACAAUAGAAUUGAAAAGUCAAAAACAAAUGGCGAAAGUGAUAUAGAUAUCAUCAAAUCCAAGCCAAUCCAGUAUAGAAGUCCUGGAUAGGGAUGGGCAUCGUAAAGUCUCCGAAGAGCGUCAUG